AUGGAGUCGGUCGCUCAUCGGCCGUGGGAGUCGGUCUCGGGCCCUCAGACGCCCGCCGCUUCAAAUCAGACGCUGCCGUCCAUAUCCACCCUCACCGCAAACAUGAACGGCGUGAACUCGUCAGAGAAGUCGCCCGGUAAUUCGUCGCUGAACACGAUUGAACGGGACUCGGGCAAUUGGUCCAUGCCCCAAAGCACAAGAUCCUCCACCUACUCGACCACCACCAAUGGCACCGGCAACAACUAUCCCUCUCUCACCUUCUUGACCUCGACCUCGCAACCCUCGCCCACCCGAAACCACCCUGCUCCUGCUCCAGACCGUUCGCCCUAUACCUAUGACCACUCUACCACCCCUUCCUCGGCCGGUGCGCAACAGCCUUCGCCCAGCUUCAAUACUUCUCAGCCCAAUGGAGCGCUUCCCUCGAUCAAUCAAAAUUACGACGCCUCAUCUCAACGGGGGAGCGUGGCUGAGGUAUCCGAAUCGCGCCGCAGCUCCAUCGACAGCCGCAUGAACCAGGGGAUCAGUUCGCUGGCCAUCAACCCGGCGUCGCCCUACCACAGCACCAAUGCCUCGCAGUCCUCGAUCGUGUCCAGUCUGCAGCGGGAGCGAGGGAUCAACACUGACGUGAAUGCCUACCGGGGACCCCGGUACUCCGGGGGCAGCCAGCCUCUGUCCCCCUUGGGACCACGUCCGGGUGAGCCCCGAAACUUCGCAGCAGGCCGCAGCGCUCCUCCGAUCUCUUCGAAUCCCCGGUCAGAGAUCUACAACGCCGAGGCGCCGACGGCGGGUAUGGCGUACGCCUUCCCCGAUCCCGACGUUGCGCGGUCCAGCUCCAUCUCGUCCAAUGAAAACACCAACCCCCCAUUCUCUCGAAAAGGCAGUACGGCGGAGUCGCUCAGCAGCAUGUACUCCGAGUCGCGGAUGCCGCGUGGACAGCAUGAACUGCCACAAAACGUACACCAUCAUUCGCUGCAGCACAAGCAGGUUCGGGAGUUGAUUGGCGAGGAUGGCGGCAAUACGCCCUACAGCCGAACACCCGAAUUGCGCGUCACACAUAAGCUCGCCGAGCGCAAGCGACGAAGCGAGAUGAAAGACUGUUUCGAGGCCCUGCGGAUGCGUCUUCCUCAGGCCCAGAACAACAAGUCCAGCAAAUGGGAAACGCUCACCCGGGCCAUCGAAUACAUCAGCUCACUCGAGAAAUCGCUUACCCAAACGCGACGAGAGAACUCUCUCAUGCGUACGCAACUCGAAGAAAUGCAAGCGCAAUUAAACCAGCAACAGGCCAACGGGCCGUCACGGACUCCCUCGAUCUUCGAACACCACAUGUCGGCUACCCCGGCCAACGGCCAAGGGCCCGUGUUCGGUGGAUUCGGAAACGGGUCCAACAUGGCCCAGGAACAGCCUCGCACUCUACCGCCGCUCAUGAACGGAUCCUCGGCCCCGAUGCAGGGGAUCCAGUAUACUGACGAGCGACGGUAG